AUGGGAAUCUUGCAAGAAGAAACCAAGCAUGAGGCUGUAGGCAGAUCACAACAACACCAGCCCCUGACGCAACAACAGGUCUUGCAACACUUGUCCACACUUCAGACGCGUAUGGGUCAGAUGCAAUCCUUUGCCAAGGGGCUCUCAGAACAAGCGCAACAAGACAAGGUCAAGAUUGAAACCUUAGAGCAACAGUUGGAAGCUGCCAAGACCUUGCAGUGGGCCAAACAGAGAACAUCUCCUCGAACCGAAAAGAAGCAAAUUGAUCAGAUUCCAGAAUCGUCCAGGGCUGUAUUACCACCAAUUUCGACGCCACGGUUGCAGCAAAUACGAAAGGCUCGCCAAGAGCGGGAAGAGAAGUUACGAGUACAGUUUUCCCAUUCCUCGGAUGUCAAUGACUUGGCCAAGGUAGAGCACGAGCACAAUCAUGAGUUGGAAGAGAAAUUGCACGACUUGGAAUCAAAAUACAAGAAAUUGCUCAAUACAUCCCACGAUUUCGAAUCUGAGAAGGCCAAUCUAUUGUUGGAACACACUGAAUUGUUAGCGGACAAACAAGCAGAAAUCCACAUGCUGGAAGAAGAAAUAAAGGCUUUGGAAGAAUUGAUUGAGGAAUCCUAUCACGAUCGUGAAGCCUUGGAAGAGAAAUUGAUCAAGACUGCUAGAAAGAACAAUGAGCUGGAUCUCCAACUUGAAUCUUUGGAAGAGUUAUCCAUGGAUUGGAGAGAACGGGAGAAGAAAAUGACAUUGCAGCUUAUGCAAGCUCAUGAAACGAAGGAUAAAUUUCGGAUCAACCAAAUCAAUGACAGCCUCGAAGCUCUCGUGGGGCACGAAGAACAAGAGCAAUUGAUUCAACAGCUGGAGUCUAUGAUCGAAAAUUCGAGAGAUCAAGGCUCUAGUCGAAACCAGCCUCAAGUGCACGGAAACCAAAUGCAACGGGAGCGGGAUUGGUCAAAAAACGUUUUGGGCCUUAACCACAAGGUGGAAAGUCUAAAGAAGCAACUAAAAGAUCAGCAAGAGAACUUUCAUCAGGAAACUAUUGAAAUGGAAGUCGAACUCAUGGAUGCGGAAGAAUUUGUUGGGAAGCAGAGAGACAUGUUGGAAGCACAAGAAAUGGAACUCUUGCUGUUGUCAGAUGCCUUGGCCGAUUUGCAAAAUGAUCACCCAAUGGCACGAUCGCUAUCGGGAGGGGACCUAUUUGCUAUACAUGAAGACGAAUCCGAGGUGGAUAAGUCCCGCGAGGAAGACGAGAGUUCCAAGGAGCAAAAGUCAACUCGAAAUAUGGUGCCGCCGCCACCACCACCACCACUCCUAGACGACUCACCGAUUGUUCAGCAAGAAUCCAUUGAUGCCGAAAAAUUGGAGAAGGAGCAGGAAGAAAAGGAACUACAAGAACGCGUUAGGAAAGCGCACUUGCAAACACUGCAUUGUAAUAUCUAUAUUUUGUCACGAAAAUUUGAAUGGCAACUGCAACGGGGAGAAGAACUGGAAGCCCAAAUGGCUACAGUGAACAAGAAGUUUGAUGUCUUGGUUGCCACACUUGCGAAGAAGGAACAGGAGAUAAAGAAUCUUAAGCCAGCUCAAGAGCGUCAGACCAGCGAAAUCGAUGGCGUCCCACAACCCGACGAUAAUGAAAACAAGGAAUCGUUGACUCGGAAACUCAUGCGUGCUAGCAGUUCCAUUCGAAAUUUGCAGGAUGAGUUGAAGACAUCAAAGCAACGAACUAACCAGUUGGAAAGCGAAUUGCAAAAAGUGGCGCCCGGUAAGAAUGACACGCAGCCAGAUCCUUCUGUCGCAGAUUUCAAGUCGAAACUCGAAGAACAAACGGAAACCAAUGAACUUCUCAAGGAGUUCAUGGAGGACAUGAAAGACACCCAUGAGAAAGAGAGAGAAGAAUGGAAAUUGCAACAACAAGAGCUAAACCAGAAAAUCGAGCAGCUGAGACAAGAACUCAGCAGGACGAGCGGGGGCACCGCUGAUUCCUCUGUACUUUCACUUCCGAACGAUGCAUCGCCAAGCCCAAGAAGUGCAAUGGAUCGAUUGGAGACCACCACACCAGCAAAAAGUGCGCAACAGUUACUUCCAAUGGUCGCAUCACCACCAGAAACUCCCCUCAGAAAGGAAUGGAUGACAGAAAUUUCCGUUGUCAGAUCGGAAAUCAGUCGCCUGAAGCGAACUCUACAAUCCAAGCAACCUCAGAAUGAAAGCUUCUUGGGUGCUUUGAACGAGAGCGGCUCUCAACAGUCAGACGAUUACAUUUUUGCUGACCGUUCCGAUGACAACAUCAACAACGUUGAUGUCUUGAACAAGGGCAGUGAUGACGUCAGUUCCAAGUGGUACCAAGAAGUAACAGCACUCAAGGAAGAACUGAGCGAUUUGACAAUGGAACUCCGUAUGAGUCAUCAUCAUGAAAGCAAGGUGGCUGCAACACCUCCAUCUGCAGACUGGAAAAAGGGCCCUCCGGACCCAGUGAGAACUGGACCAGGGCUUGAUGACGCUUCCUCCGUGGAUUCCUCCACAACGGGUGGUUUUGAAAAUGAGAUCCUUUUGCUGCGAGAAGAAGUACAUCGGCAACACGAGGAAAGAAAGACUGCUGUGUCACCAUAUUCACCGGUGCCCUCUGCCGGAUCGACCUCUCCAAAUGGCAGAUCAAGUUGGGUCUCUUCAUUGGAAGACUCGUCCCUUUCUGAAUACAAUACAUAUUCUGAAAUAUAG